AUGGCUCCCACCUACACCAUGUCCGCCCACCUCUGCAAGCAGUUCUACAUCUCGUGGCGCCAGGCCCGCCAGCCCAGCCCGUCGUCGUCGUCGUCGUCACCAGCACAGCACGACCUGCCCCUCAACCGAACCCGCUCCCCCUCGCCCGAGCCCAAGCGCUCCAUGGACAGCGACCGCGUCAGGCGCGGCUCCUCCAGCAGCGGCAGCAGCGGCGGCAGCAGCGGCGGCAGCAGCAGCGGUCGCGAGUAG